AUGGGCUGCAACUCAUCGCAGCAGGUCGCGCCCAGCCCGAGUGGCUCCAAAGCCCCGAGCUCUGAGCCCGAGUCUGCCUUCACCAGACCACCGGAUGCCGUGGGCACUUUUCUCCGGAUGAUCAUGAUCAAUGAUGUGUAUAUAUUGGACAACUAUCCAAGAUUUGCAUCUGCAGUGGUGCAGGCCCGGGAGCUGUGCGAGUCGCAGAAUUGCGUGGUCACCUCGCACAUCAACGGCGACUUCCUGUCGCCAUGCAUCCACACGGCCCUGGAUGGUGGAACAACCAUGAUGCAAGCGUUAAACUAUGCGCAGCUGGACUACGCCUGCUUGGGAAACCAUGAGUUCGACAUGAACAAGAAGCAGCUCCAAGUCCGGUUGCCCAUUUUUAAAGGAAAGCUGAUCAACACCAACGGCGAGGACCCAGAGUUGAGAAGCCUUCCCAGGUUUGACGUGGUCAAGGUCGGCGACAAGAACGUGCUCUUCACUGGGCUGUGCACGCAAGAUAAGAGCAUCUACUCCGCGAAGGGCUGCCCGAUCAUGCGGCCAUUUCUAGAAUCCUGCGCCGUGGCUUGGGAUGAGGCAGCCAAGGCUCAGGCACUUGACAUCAUGGUGCCCAUGACGCACCAGCUUAUCGCAGAAGACCGUGAUCUGGCUCUGGACUUCCAGAAGGAUGAGCGUUUCCAAGGCAAGGUCCCUGUCAUCCUCGGUGGCCACGAACACACGGUUUUCGAGGAAUCCAGCGGAGAUUCCUUAAUUGUAAAGGCCGGCCAAGAUGGCGCCCAAAUCGCCAUCAUCGAUGUGUGGUGGACGAGUUCGGGUGUAAGGCGCCGACAUCGCCUGGUGCCAGCGGAGACGUUCUCAGGGGAGGCCAAAGCCGAGGCUUGGACCAAGGAGCGGAAAGACUUCGUAGUCAAGGCCAUGGAGGCAGCCAUCACGAACUUGCCCUGUGAGAUGUCCAGCCUCAAUGUGCGCUAUGAGCCGUCCAAGUUGGCUGGUUUUCUUCUUGAGAAGUUCAAGCGGGGUCUGCAUCAGCAUGAGGUCGAGGUGGUGGCCAUGAAUGGUGGCGGCAUGCGGGGCAAGCAGAGCUACAAGCCUGGUGACUUUACCUUGGGGGACCUUUACAAGGAGCUGGCAUUUGACGAACCCUUCACGGUGGUGAAGAUGAAGGGCUCCACGCUGGCGCAAGCCGUGAAGCACUCCCGCGCAGGGGAUCUCGAACGGCCGGGCUUUCUCCACCUUGAUGACGGCUGCCUAGCCGAUGACGAGCAUCAGCUCACCACGGUCAACCGGCAGCCUCUCAUCGAGGAGCAGGAGUACCAGGUUUGCUGUCCCAGAGCACUUCUGAGCGGAAUGAACAACAUCCAGCCACUCAUUGAUUUCGGAAAGGAGAACGGCAUCCCUGACGAGGAGUGCUGCGUCCUCGCGAAGCCGGUCAUCCUAGAGGUCUGCAUGAAGGACCUAUGGAGACUGCUGCUGGGAUACGCUGAGUGGGAUGUGUCACGCGACGGCGCAGUUGACCCGGCUGAGAUGCAAGAUGGCUUGCUCAAGGCUUUCGCAGAACUCGACAAAGACCAAAGUGGUUUGGCAGAUUUCGCAGAAGUGGAGACCUUUCUGAAGACACGAAUGCCAGCACAUGCGUCUGGAUCUUUAGCACAUGAGCUGUUGAAAGCCGUUGACAAGGACGGCAAUGGCAAGGUGCAAAUUGAGGAGCUGGCCAGCUUCCUACAUUGA